UUUGGCUGCCAUUUCUACCAUUUCUCUUGAUAUUUUUUCCUAUUAUCAUAUUCUUAUUUGCAUUCGUAUUAUUAAUUACAUAUUACAUAUGAAUAUUAACGUACUUAUUCAUAUUUGUAUGCGUAUUGUUAAUUAUAUAUUAAUGUUUUUAUUUUUUGCUUAAAUUCGCUUAUUUGCCACAUUUCCGCGGAGUCGCUUAAUUUCUGCAAUGUAGCAAAAACGCUCGCGUUCGUAUCCUCAUGUAGUUCACUCCCGUUUGGUGACGUCAGCCAGUUUCCGCUGUCAUCCCCCCCGUGCCUCUCGGCGCUCGCGCAGGCUGAACGCUUUCCCGAGCCUCUCCGAAAGUUUCUUGACUCGCAAACCCCUCGCGGAAUGGAGCUGUGGUGCCGAAGCUGAGGCGCGAGGCGCUUGCGAUGGGUGUUUUGUUAGUGGCGCUGCUGCUGUGCCGCGCGCUCACUUUGCUGCAUGGUUCUCCUUUGCUGCUCUUUGCUAACCGCCGUGAUGUCCGGCUGGUGGAUGCUAAUGGAGGCCGUGCCGAGUCAGCGGUCGUGGUCAGUGAUCUGGAGGAUGCAGCUGCCGUGGAUUUUAUCUUCACUGAGGGACUCAUCUUCUGGACAGACGUCAGCGAAGAGGCCAUCAAACAGACCUACUACAACCAGUCCACCAACUCUGUGAAGGAGGCAGUGUUGGGCACCGGGCAGACGGUGGUGGUGGCCGGCCUGGACUCACCCGACGGCCUGGCCUGUGAUUGGCUCGGACGCAAGCUAUACUGGACCGACUCGGAGACCAACCGGAUCGAGGUGGCCAACUUGGACGGAACGUCCCGGAAGGUGCUGUUUUGGCAGGACCUGGACCAGCCACGGGCCAUAGCGCUGAACCCUGCACAGCGAUACAUGUACUGGACAGACUGGGGGGAGGAGCCACGCAUCGAGAGAGCAGGCAUGGAUGGCAGCAGCCGCGGGGUCAUCGUAGAUCAGGACAUCUAUUGGCCCAAUGGCCUGACAAUCGACCUGGACGAGCAGAAACUGUACUGGGCAGACGCCAAACUCAGCUUCAUCCACAGAGCCAACCUGGAUGGCAUGGCACGAGAGACUGUGGUAGCGGGCACACUGACCCACCCGUUCGCACUCACACUCUUCGAGGAGACUCUGUACUGGACAGACUGGCAGACGCGUUCCAUCCACGCCUGUGACAAACACUCAGGGGAGAACAGGAGAGAAGUUCUCAACGCCAUCUACUCACCCAUGGACAUACAGGUGCUGGGGCAGGAGAGACAGCCGUACAUCUACACUCCCUGCAGUGAUGCUAACGGCGGUUGUUCACACCUGUGUCUGCUGUCGCCUUCACCGCCCUUCUACAGCUGCGCAUGUCCCACAGGUGUUAAACUCCGCGAGGAUGGAAAGACCUGCCGGCCGGGGGCGGAGCAAGUCCUGCUACUGGCUCGUCGGACCGACCUGCGUCGGAUCUCUCUGGACCUUCCUGACUUCACUGACAUUGUCCUGCAGGUCAGUGACAUCCGCCACGCCAUCGCAAUCGACUAUGACCCCGUGGAGGGUUAUGUCUACUGGACGGACGACGAGGUCAGGGCCAUCCGGCGCGCCCGUCUGGACGGCAGCGAUGCCCAGACGUUGAUCACCACAGAGAUCAACCACCCGGAUGGCAUUGCCGUGGACUGGGUGGCACGGAACCUCUACUGGACGGACACGGGCACAGACCGCAUCGAGGUGACCCGGUUGAACGGCACAUCCCGACGCAUCCUCGUCUCGGAGAACCUGAAUGAGCCCAGGGCCAUUGUGCUGGACCCCAUCAAUGGCUACAUGUACUGGACAGACUGGGGAGAGAAGCCCAGGAUUGAGCGUGCCAACCUGGACGGCUCAGAGCGGACGGUACUGGUCAACUCCUCUCUGGGCUGGCCCAACGGCCUAGCGCUGGACCAUACCACUGGGAAGCUCUACUGGGGGGACGCCAAAACGGACAAGAUUGAGGUCAUAAACAUGGACGGCUCGUCCAGGACGACCCUGCUGGAGGACAAGCUGCCACACAUCUUCGGCUUCACGUUGCUAGGCGACUACAUCUACUGGAGCGACUGGCAGAGACGCAGCAUCGAGCGGGUGCACACGAGCAAGGCCGUGCGUGAGGUCAUCGUGGAGCAGCUCCCUGACCUCAUGGGUCUCAAGGCCACCAGGGUCACAGAGACGUUCGGCACCAAUGGCUGUGCGUUCUCCAACGGCGGCUGCAGUCACCUGUGCUUCCACGGGCCACGUGAGCUCACGUGUGCCUGCCCCAUGGGUCUGGAGCUGCUGAGCGACCUGCACACGUGCGUGGUGCCCGAGGCCUUCCUGCUGUUCACCAACCGCGCCGACAUCCGCAGCAUUUCCUUGGGUACCAACGGCAACGAUGUGGCCCUCCCGCUCACGGGAGUCCAGGAGGCUUCCGCCCUGGACUUUGACGUUGCCGAAAACAGAAUCUUCUGGACAGACGUCAGCACCAAGACCAUCAGCAGGGCAUUUCUGAACGGGAGUGGUGUGGAGGCUGUGAUCGAGUUCGGCCUGGAUUACCCAGAGGGCAUGGCUGUCGACUGGAUGGGAAGAAACAUCUACUGGGCCGACACCGGUACCAACCGCAUUGAGGUGGCCCGGCUUGACGGACAGUACCGGCAGGUUCUGGUGUGUAAGGAGCUGGACAACCCUCGUUCACUAGCGCUGGACCCAGCCAACGGGUACAUGUACUGGACGGAGUGGGGGGGCCGGCCGAGGAUCGCCCGCGGCCACAUGGACGGCACCAACAUCGUCACCCUGGUGGAUAAAGUUGGCCGGGCCAACGGCCUCACCAUCGACUACGUGGAGCAGCGGCUGUACUGGACCGACCUGGACACGUGCAUGAUCGAGUCCACCAAUAUGGAGGGUCUCCAGAGGGAGAUCGUGGCUGACGACCUGCCACACCCGUUUGGACUGACCCAGUACCGCGACUACAUCUACUGGACCGACUGGAACCUGCGGAGCAUCGAGCGCGCCGACAAGCGAACCGGACUGAACCGCACGCUGGUGCGGGGUCAGCUGGAGUACGUUAUGGACAUCCUGGUGUUCCACUCGUCCCGGCAGGAUGGUGCCAACGAGUGCUCGCAAAAUAACGGCAACUGUGCCCACCUGUGCCUGGCGUCUCCGUCGGGGGCACAGUGCCGCUGUGCCUCCCACUACACGCUCGAAGCCAACGGACGCAACUGCAGCUCCCCCUCCAGUUUUCUGUUGUUCAGUCAGAAGAGUUCCAUCAGUCGGCUGGUUCUGGGUGAACAGAGUCCAGACAUAAUCCUUCCCAUCCAUGUCACCAAGAACCUGCGUGGUAUCACCUUCGACCCGCUCGACCGCCUCAUCUAUUGGGUCGACGGUCGCCAGAACAUCCGCAGAGCCCGGGACGAUGGCUCCCAGGCAGAGACAGUCGUGACUUCCGGCCCCACGCAGCACGUGAAACAUCCACACGACCUGAGCUUGGACCCCUUCAGUCGCACCGUCUACUGGACGUGCGAGACCACCAACACCAUCAACGUCCAGCGCAUGGACGGUCAGCCGCUGGGAGAGGUGCUCGCAGAUGACCUGGACAAACCCAGAGCCAUCGUGGUCAACGCAGAGAAAGGGUACAUGUACUUCACCACGCUACAGGACCGCUCUGCUAAGAUUGAGGGUGCGUCUCUGGACGGCACAGAGCGCGAGUCUCUCUUCACCACCGGUCUGAUCCGGCCCAUGGCGCUCGCGCUCGACAACAAACUGGGCAAACUCUUCUGGGUGGACGCCGAUCUGAAACGCAUCGAGAGCAGCGACCUGUCCGGGGCCAAUCGGAUUGUUCUCCAGGACUCCAACAUUUUGCAGCCGAUUGGUCUGACCGUGCUGGCUGAGCACCUGUACUGGAUUGACAAGCAGCAGCAGAUGAUUGAGCGCGUGGACAAGCGAAGCGGAGACAGGAGGACACGGAUCCAGGGACGCAUCCAGUACCUGACGGGCAUCCACGCCGUGGAGUACAUGGACCCCGAAGAGUUUGCAUCCCACCCGUGUUCCCGUGACAACGGAGGCUGCUCACACAUCUGCAUUGCCAAGGGCGAUGGAACUCCGCGAUGUUCCUGUCCCAUGCAUCUGGUGCUGCUUCAGAACCUGCUCAGCUGUGGAGAGCCACCCACCUGCUCCAGUGAGCAGUUCACGUGUGCCACGGGCGAGAUCGACUGCAUCCCCAUGGCGUGGCGUUGCGAUGGCAUCGCUGAGUGUGCCGACCACAGCGACGAGAUGAGCUGCCCCGUGUGCUCGGAGCUGCAGUUCCAGUGCAAUAAGGGCCAGUGUGUGGACGCCCAGCUGCGUUGCAACGGCGAGCCGGACUGUGUGGACGGAUCCGAUGAGCGUGACUGUGACACUAUCUGCAUGCCCAACCAGUUCCACUGUGGCAAUAAUAAGUGUAUCCUGAAAAAACAGCAGUGUGAUUCCUACCCUGACUGCCUGGACGGUUCUGAUGAACUCUUCUGUAACUUCCCCCCAUCACAGAGCGAGGAGCGUCACGCCAACACCAUCGGCCCUGUCAUCGGCAUCAUCCUGUCCGUCUUCGUGCUGGGGGGCAUGUGCUUCGUGUGCCAGCGCGUCGUCUGUCGACGCUACAAAGGCCCAAAUGCUGCCUUCCCCCACGACUACAUCAGCGGAACCCCCCACGUCCCCCUGAACUUCAUUGGUCCGACCAGCUCGCAGCACGGCACCUUCACAAGUAUCUCGUGUAGGAAGUCCAUGAUGAGCUCUCUCAAUCCGAUGGGCAGUAGCAGCAGUGGUGCUCCUCUCUACGACAGGAACCAUGUGACCGGGGCCUCAUCCAGCAGCUCCAACAGCACCAAAGCUGCCUUCUACCCCCAGAUCCUAAACCCUCCCCCCUCCCCAGCCACAGACCGCUCCCUGUACAACACAGAGAUCUUCUACUCCUCCAACAGCCCCUCCACAACCAGGUCCUACAGGCCGUACAUGAUGCGUGGCGUGGCUCCGCCCACCACGCCCUGCAGCACAGAUGUGUGUGACAGCGACUACACCACGAGCCGCUGGAAAAGCAGCAAGUACUACAUGGACCUAAACUCGGACUCGGACCCGUAUCCCCCUCCGCCGACCCCACGGAGCCAGUACAUGUCGGCGGAGGAGAGCUGCCCCCCCUCGCCGUCCACCGAGCGGAGCUACUUCCACCUGUGCCCACCCCCCCCGUCGCCAUGCACGGACUCCUCCUGACCUCGUCUCCAUCCCGCACAGACUCCUACCUGCCAGAGAGAGAGAGAGAGAGAGAGAGAGACCCUAAAACACCUAAUUAAGUGUACAGAGCUG